AACACAUGUAGGAAAACCCAUCCAAUCUUACUACUUUCGUGGUUCAAUCUUACUGCGACAAUGUCCUUCAUUUAUGAAGAACAGAACCAACAAAAUAGACCCUCAACAAACGCAUUAACUAUCAGUGUUUUUCAUACCGCAGAGUAGUGAGUUACUGAGUUGGUGUCAUGUGUACAAAUAUUGAAAGGACUUGUCUUUUCUCACUUGUUGCAUUUUCUUUUUUUAUUUCUUGUGUUUAUGGAGAAAAAUAUAAAUUAUGUGUUGUUGAUGGAAGAGGAGGUUUCAAACGCUCAGGGCGCUAUUGCCCAAUUCUGGAUAAACCAGACAGUAAAGUUGAAUGUGUUCUCGGAAUCGACAGACUAGACUGUUUGCGUAAAAUCUCCAAAGGAAAAGCCGAUUUUUCAGUAUUUACACCGGAAGAUUUAGUAACAGCUACAAACUCCGAGAUUGAAGUAUUACUGACAAAUGAGUUACGUUACACCGAAGACAAGUACGAAUAUGAGGUGGUGGCGGUAAUCCAGAAUUCUUCAGGCAUCAAAAGCAAGCACGACCUCAAAGACAAGAAUUUCUGUCACCCUGGCUACGGCUAUGAGACCGACUGGACUAAAAUCCUAUCAAAUUAUUUAGAAGCUUCGGUGAUUCCCCAAAGUUGCGAAACUAAAUACACCAUCACUGAAAACCGCAUACGAUCAUCUUCACAAUUUUUCAAAAGUGCAUGCAAGGCUGGUCCUUGGGUCAACAACCCGAAACUUGACCAAGAAUUGAAGACUAAAUACCCCAAUUUGUGCGCACUUUGCGAUAACCCAUCGCAAUGCGAAAUGUCUGAUAAAUAUUGGGGGCGACGAGGGUCUCUCUUUUGCUUAACAGACGGUGCCGGGGAUAUAAGUUGGGCUCGUCUUGAUGAUGUUAAGCUCCAUUUUGGGUUAGUACCAGGAGGUGCGGAAUCGUCACCUGAUGGUUAUAGUUUUCUUUGCCCUGAUGGGACUACCAAACCCGUCAAUAGUACGAAUCCAUGUGUUUGGGUGGUGAAACCUUGGCCUGUCGUUGCUUCAAAAAGAACAGUAGCCCAAGAAGUACAAGAGUUUGUUAGUUCGUUGUCGAGUGCGGAUAGCUACUCGUGGCAGUUCGCUGUCUUAAAUCUGAUUGAAACUUUCCAUCUGACUAUUAAUAAUCUUGAACCAAUUCAACCCAUUGAGAGUUUUCUUGAACAAGCGACUGGUUUCUUGAACGCUAAUAGCUUCUCAGGAUGUCAUCCGCCGAGAACAAUCCGGAUUUGUACCACCUCGAUACUGGAAAACGCGAAAUGUUCCUGGUUGAGGGAAUCAGCAGCUGUCUACGGUGUCGAACCAGAUUUAGAUUGCUUGAAAGCUGACAAUACGACCCAUUGCAUGGAUGCGAUCAAUAAUAAUGCUGCUGAUAUUGUAAUAGUACCACCAGACUUGCUAAAUAAAGCGAUACAUUCCUACAAAUUAAAAACACUUUUCUACGAAACUGUAAAUGAUGAUGGGAAAUACCUCACAGUCGCAGUGAUGCGAAACACCACCCAAAUCUCCAGUUUUGGAAAUUUGCGAGGCUACAAAGCUUGUUUUCCAAUUUUCGAUGGAAUUGCCUGGAAUACAGUCGUCCACACACUACACGAGAAAAAACUUUUAAAUUGCCCUUACACUGACAGAGUUACAGGUUUUUUCGGACCGAGUUGUAUUCCAGGUUUGCAGCAAAACGACCAAAAUUGUGACGGGAACUCAUAUUUUGGCGAAUUUGGAGCUUUGAGGUGUCUCUUGGACGGGAAAGGAGACGUUGCUUUCGUUUCAAAGAAUUCAAUUAUUGAUUUCAUCGACAGUCCAAUUGAAAAUAAGUUUGGACGGAUUAAGUCAAAUUCGUUUAAUAUUUUGUGUGAGAAUAAACUUGAGGGUUGUCAUUUGAGUUGGGCUCCAGUUGGGCAAGCUAUGGUCAGGAAUAGUAGUACCGAUCUUUGGAUGAAAGAUACUCUUGAUGUGUUUUUGCAAUUGGAUACUUUGUUUGGAAGGAAUUACAAGUCGUUAACAACGUCUUUUCUACUUUUUGGUCCUUAUAGCGGGAGACCCAAUAUUCUGUUUCAUGAUAACACAGUACGACUGAGAAACGUUCCAAUUGUUAGAAACUUUGAUAGUAUGAAACGUCUAUAUCAAGAUAUUAUAGUUAGUGAUAUUGAAUGUAACUCUUCCUCUUCAUUAAUUCCUGUAGUGUUUAGUCUUCUCUUUUCGUAUUUAUUUGUAUUUAAUUUACAGUAAUUUAAAACCAAAUGUAUUUAUGUACGAUCACUGUGAUAUUAAAUAUUUUGUAUAUCUACCA